AUGGAGACUAUCAGAAACACGAUCGCAGAGAACUUGGGCGGUCCUGCCCAUGCUCUUGCUUCCCCAGAGAACAGCUUCAGUUUGGAUGAAGUGCCAGACCUCAGCGGCAAGGUUGCUGUUGUCACCGGCGGCAGCGAAGGUAUCGGAUUUGGAUGCACCCACACCCUGCUCUCGAAGAACAUCUCCAAGCUUUUCGUCACCUCCAUGAGACAAGAGGUCGCCGACGAAGCCUUGAACGCAAUCGAGGAAGAGUUUGGACCCGAGGCACGCAAGAAGUUCAUCUGGAAGCAAUGUGAUCUUGCCGACUGGGUGCAGACCGGCAAGGUCGCUGCAGAGAUCGCCUCGCAAACCGACAGAAUCGAUAUCCUCAUCAACAACGCCGGCCGUGGAAUAAUGACCAGACAAUUGAACAAGGAUGGCAUCGAUCUUCACCUGGCCACCAACCACUUCGGCCACGUUGUCUUGACCAGCCACUUGCUUCCCACGAUCAAGGAGACCGCCGACAAGGGCAACAAAGUCCGCAUCGUCUGCGUUUCUUCCAAUCUGCACGCCCAGGCUCCUAGCGAGACUGAGUUUGCAUCUGUUGCCGAACUGAACAAGGACUACGGACCUCAACCUCAGUACGGACGUAGCAAGUUGGCCAACCUCUUGUAUGCCAAGUGGCUGGACCAGCACCUCAAGACCGAGCACCCCAACAUCAUCGUCAAUGCUAUCCACCCUGGCAUUGUCGACACUGCACAAACAAAUGUCCACAUCCACGAGGCGUUCCCUCUUCUAGGCUACGGCAUGUCGGUUGGACUCAAGCCUUUCCGCAAGAGCCAGUUCGAGGGUUGCGUUUCGUCCAUGUAUGCCGCAACCGUGGCUCCUACUGGCGGCAACUACAUUGCCCCUCAGAAGGUUUACGAGACACCGAGUGAGAAGGGUCAGGACAUGGCUCUGGCAGACCGUCUCAUGAGACUGACAGCGGAGAUUGUCGAGUCCAAGACGAGAACGGAGAGUUCGGCCAAGGGAUGCCCUUUCAAGGAGGAUUAG